UGUGAAAGUCCAAAACAAAAAUGGUACAUUUGAACUAGCCAACGUUCAUCACCAGAGACCGAAAACGAAACCUAACCCCGGUGUGUGUGACACUGAUCCCCGUGAAGCUGUUGUAACACGAACCGUCAGCCCUAUCGGCGUCACUCAGGCAUGGCACUGCAAAUAUCAGCUCUAUUUUCAUACAUCAGAGCCCCGCUAUGCACCGCUCUGCACCGUGUCCGUGCUGACUUCCAGGGAGCCGGUGUCAAAUUCAAAUACAGUGCGCCUCCUGGAAGCCCCCAGCUCGGAGGGAAGCCAGCAACAAGUCCUGCCCGCGUCCAUAUUAACGCUGCCCCCCGAGCUGAGAAGUUCUCAACAACGACAGCAGCUGCACUUUGGAGGUCCUGUCGGGGCAACGCUUCCUCCUCACCCCGGGGGAGGAUAGCUAGGUUGGGGAAGGUAGCCCUCGGUACCGCCCUCGGAGUGAGCACAGUCGCACUGGUCCAGUCUCUCCACACCGGAACAGUUACCGCGAUGGCCGCUAAAGUUAACCUGAACUCCGCUGAGGGAGACUGGAAGGAGAACAAGGACUCCUUGCUGUCUCUGUCUGUGAAGGACAGGCGUCAGCACUAUAGGACGUCUGACUUUGUGCCGCUGGACGACAUCUCGGUGUGGACUCCCACUGCAGGCGCUUCUGAAAAGACUCUCUACCCGAGGAAUGAAAAGUUGGACCAGAAGAUUUCCCUCUACAGCGGUGACAUCACCAAGCUGGAGAUAGACGCUAUUGUUAAUGCAGCCAACAAGUCUCUGCUCGGCGGAGGUGGAGUGGACGGAGCGAUCCACCGCGCUGCAGGUCCAAUGCUAAAAAAGGAGUGUGCUUCCCUCCGCGGCUGUGACACCGGCGAGGCCAAGAUCUCUUGUGGCUACGGCCUCCCGGCAAAGUAUGUGAUCCACACUGUGGGGCCGAUUGCACAAGGAGGAGUGGGAGAGGAGGAGAAGGAAGCCUUGAGGUCGUGCUACAAGAACAGCCUGAGAGCAGCCACCACAAACUCUGCACGCUCUGUGGCUUUCCCCUGCAUCUCCACUGGAAUCUACGGAUAUCCACCCGAGCAGGCUGUGCACGAAGCGCUAGCAACUGUAAGGGAGUAUCUGGAUGAACAUCACAACAAGCUGGACAGAGUCAUCUUCUGUGUGUUCUUGCCGAUGGAUAAGGAGCUGUACAUGAAGACCCUCCCGCUCUACUUCCCUGCUGCCUGACCAAUGACAGCAGCUUAUUUUUCAGCUCCCAAGGAUGUCACAGUCAAGAGUAAACUCUGAGAGAGUGGAUGUGGUUGCUGUGGAUAUAUACCGCUACGCUCAACAUCCAAGGUUCCUCCUCCUCAAGAUCGUCGCAGAGCAAGACCUUCUUCAGCACGAAGAUUACUCCUAAAUAGAUGAUUGCUUUUAUUGAAGUGUACGUUGGCUCUUCUAGUUCCUUUGUUUUUCCCACGAAUGGUGGAGGUUCUAUUAUGAAGGUGUGAAAUGAUAUUGAUAAUUCUUGUGAUGGACCUUCAGUUGCACUCUAACUUGACCUUUAUUGUCUGUGAUAAGUUAAGUGAUAAGCUUUGCAUCAAGCUAUGAGUUACGUGUCUUUUGCUAUUUGAAUUUUGGGAUUGUAGUGUGUGUGUGUCAGACAAUGGCAAAAGCUUAUUAAAACGAAUCACACAGGC